ACUUUGACAGAUCCAUUCAAGAUUCUCAUAAUAUUUUGCUUUAAAGGUUAGAAUUUAGUAAUUUUUAAUUAAAUAGUGAGUUUGGGAUGUCUGGCGGGGAGUACCGCCAUGUAUGGCGGAUAGCCUUUACUAAUUUUCUUAAGUCAUUUAGACCGCGCCAAAUAAGAGGAAACGCAAUAGGGAAGGACUACAAAGGCAACAGUUACUUCGAGAUACCGGCAGAUCCCAGCCUGGGCAAGCGGAAGGCGACCCGCUGGUAUGAUCCGCCCAAAGGACUGGACUUCCGCGACCCUAUCCCUGCCGAGUGGGAGGCUUGGCUGAGGAUGAGGAGAGUGGAAGCACCAACGGAAGAAGAAAUAGCCAACAACCUAGCCGUAGCCAAGCUGAAACAAGAGAACGCGGCCAAGAUCGAAGCGCGGCGCCUCGCCGAGGGCGGCUCCCUGCCCACCACGCCGGCGCGCGGCGCCGAGACCUUCCCCAAGUACGCAGAGUUCCACACCGGACACCCCGACGACCAUCCUGACGGGAAGAAUCCUUCCAACUAAAGCUAUAACCUUUUCAAGGUUAUACGUCAUGUACCAAAUCGUCAUUCACACGCGAAGAUCAUUGGUACAUGCGAGCCAAUAUAAACCCUAAUGGAAAGUAUUAAGGUUACUCAUACAGUGUGUAACACUUGUAAGUAUUCUUGGCGUUGUGGGCACUCACGAAUAUUUUAGGCGUUCUUGGCGUCCAAAAGGUUAAAUACAAAUAUAAAUAAUAUGGUAGUACAAAUACAGUUACGAUUACCGCCGAAAAACCUGAUGGUUCACCUGGUUGUUUUCUACAGGUCCCUUAUAUCGAUUAUUGAGACUAUUCUCAAUUGGGUUUUAGAGGGCAUCAGGUAUCAGAUGUAUUCAUGACCUCAUCUCAGUGAAUAAAAGUUAUACAAGAAGAUAUUAUAUUACACCCUGUGGCUAUGAGUUCACAGAUUUAGAGUAUUUAAUGCAAUUUAGCUGAUACUUAAUACCAAUUUUUGGUAUCCAGAAUGAAAUAGAAAGUAAUUUCGGGCUUGUAUUUAAUGAGAUUAUUGUGUUGUGGUACAAAAUAUUGUACUUUAUUUUAUAUGAAAUAAAGUUCAUUUUAUUUUCAUGGUUCUACAACUAUUUAUUUAUGUAUAAACAAUAAAAUAUGUCAGUUUCAUAUUCGUAAUUCUAGGUGCCACUGUACAGUCAGCAGCAGAAGUAGCAGAUCAGAUUACGCGUCAAAAAUAUCUAACGUUUUCUAAUAUCUUACCUAUAACAUAAAGUAAUAUGCCUUUGUACAUAACAUUUUUAUUUUUGUUUUGUUUUUGUCCAUUUUAUGUAAACCUGUUUAUGUGCAAUAAAGUGACAUACAUACAUACAUACAUGUCUCCCUUAUAUAGAACAAUUAGACUCUGACAGAUAUUUUUGAACGCGAACUAUACCUAAAGCUUCCAAGGUGGCAGAUAUUUUUGACGCGUUGUUUCAUCCGCUACUGUUGACGCGGACUGUACUUGUACAGUCAGUGGCAGUAUACUCUCAAUAAGAUAGUGUCUAGAUAAUUUUGAAUACCUCGCCCGUUUAGCUAAUUCUGCAGUAGCCUGUAGAUAGGUAAUGUGUAAAGUUAAUAGCUUAAAAUUGUAGGGUAAAUAGAAAAUAGAAAUGAAUUAUGUGUUAUUAGAAUCACAUAUUAGAAUCAAUUAAAUUAUUUUCAGAAAA